GGAAAAGAAAAAAAAAAUCCUUUCUUAUUCUUCUACAUUAAGCAAGUCCUACUGAUAAUCUGCCUAUGGUCUCUAUGGAUAUCUACAAUUUUACUAUAUAAGUGUCUUGGUUGGUAUAUUCUUGGCAUGUUGAAUCUGUUUUUCUAAUCUCUUUUGAGCUUUGAGAUUAAGGUCCUGCAAUCAAGAUUGAACAUCAGACUCAAUUUCUUAGGAAAUUGUGCUCUGAAUUAUAUGGAUAUGAAACAAAUAAAAAAGGGUAUGGGGUAUACUCAAAAAAACAAGAACUUGCUUGUUGCUUUAGGAGCUCUUGGUGUCGCUGGUUUUGGUGCAUAGGAAGCUUAUUACUCAUCAUCAAUGGUUAAAAAGAGGGAAAGAUUGUUGAAGCUUCUUGGUUCAGUCGUUUCUUUAGCCGAAAUGGUGUCUGAUUCUGCUGAUACAAUUGAGAUUUUCUCUAAAGAUUUAAAAGAGUUUAUACUAUCAAAUUCUGAUCAAAUUCCUUCAAGUUUGAAGCAAAUUUCAAAGAUUCCUAACUCAAAUGAGUUUUCAGAGUCUAUUGUUAAGGUCACAAGUGCUUUGACUAUAGAUGUUCUUCGAGGUUGUUAUAAUCAAGAAACAGAGAAAUUAGACUCUGAUUUGUUCGACGAAGUUUUAAAUAAACUGUUUUCUGAUGCAGGGUGUGGUUUUGCUUCUGUAAUUGUUGGGAGUUUUGCCAGGAAUUUGUUAUUGGCAUUUUAUUCUGUUAAACAGGGUUCGAGUUUUGAUUACUCUGUUCCUGAAAGUUUUGAUACUCUGAUAGGGAAUUGUGUACAAGUAUUUGUGAGUACUGUUGUUACUGUUUAUCUUGACAAAACAAUGAAUAUCAACACCUACAAUGAAAUCUUUUCUGGUUUGACAAAUCCAAAGAAUGAAGCGAAAAUGAGAGAAAUGCUGGUGGCAAUAUGUAAUGGUGCAACAGAAACAUUUGUCAAAACUUCUUAUCAAAUUUUGACAAGUAGAGAGAUGGAUGAUAAAGUGUUUACUACUGGUUUAACUGUGCCAAGUAGUAUGAGUUAUAUUCUUGAUUUGAGUGGGAGAGUUAUUUUUGAGUGUGUUAGAUCUUUUGUGGAGUUUGUGUUGGAGAAGUUGUGGGAAUGUUUGAGAAGAUAUGUUGAAUUUAUGAAUGAGAAGGUUUUGGAGAGGAGUGUUGAAGCUUAUAGAUGUGUGAGUGGCAGGUACUCUGCGGUUGUUAGCUUAUGCCUUACUUUGUGUGUAGACAUACUGAAUGGUCCUUGGAUUUUGGUUCUGACUUAAGUUUUAUCACUGUUACAUAUGCAAUUUUUCAUCUGGAGGUUCUUGAAUUUACUGUUGCUAAGUUAAUGAAUUUAGCACUAUAUGUUGUAUCUCUAGAGUCUAGUCUAUAGUUUCUCUGCUCUUUUAGUUGCUGUACUUGAUUUCUAUAUUUUAGGUUGAGAUGAUCAUGUUUUUGUAAGAAAAUAUUGAGGAAAAUGUUAUGUCUACUUCAGUAAGCUAUAUCAAUCUGUUGAAUGGAUAUAUUGAUCAGAUCAUGAAUUUGCUUAGUCGAAAA